UUGGCUAGUUGCAAGCUAGUUACAAGCUAGUUACAAGCUAAGUAAAGGAAGUUCGAGAUCAAUCCUGUUGUUGUUCUUAAUGUUUCACGGAAACACGACAUGGUACCAGGAGGAAUCCACUUCAAAUCAUCCAGUUAGAUCAACGUCAUGGAGAGUGUGAAGCCGCCUGACGCUGUUAAUUGGACCGGGAAUGUCCACUUUGUGGCGCUCUUUCAAGCAGCGCUUGGUGCUGUAUUUGCAGGCCACAGGACUGGAUUCUAUAUUUAAUAUUCUAUAUUCUAUACAAUAGCACCUGGACCGCAGGCUGUGGGGGUAUUUCAUACCUUUGUGUUUUCUGAUGGAGCUAAAUGAAGCUAAAUGGCAUUUUGGUGGGACUGAAGUACCAUUCCUUGGAGACAAGCUCAACGCUGCUGGUGGAGCCAGGAAAAAGUGAAAGCAAUACUCCAGAUGCCAAGACCAGAAGAUUAAAAAGUUUCUGUUACCGCCGCCCUGUUGGUUGGGCCAGUGGUUUGGGAUGAGGAGGUGACUUCCUGGCCUCCUUUUUGAAACUCUCCUCCUCCGCUGUGUUUGAGCUGUUGGAAGACUACCAGACACUGUCAGGACAAGGUGGGCGCUCACUUCCUGCUGAUGGCAGCCUGACCUCCAUCCGACUUGCCCAGCAACUGUCUCCUUCUGCAGGGACCGAGUCCAGGGAAAGUGAGAAGUUGGUGGUGGAGCUGCUUUUCCAGCACGAUGCCGUCAUACGUCAGAGUCAGGUACCAAACACAAGGAUGUUCCUCUUAGUACUUCACUCGCUCCUACUCACUCCUCAUCUAGUUGGUCGUCGCCUGGCUGGAGAGCAUCGCUAUGGAUCAGAUUGGAGACUUCUCUGACUAUAUUGAAUAUUAUGCCAAAAGGAAAAAGCUGAGGAGGGAGAGGGGCACUGCCCUCACCGUCCCUCUGGUCACUGAGCUGGAUCCACAUGCUCCCCUCCGGCAGCAGCCACCCCUGGCUGUCCUGGACCGAGAAGACGAUGCCCGUCUGCUGAAGAACCUGUUCACUCUGAUUGGAGCUGAUGUCCUUGGGCAUGGUCCACCAGGAAGUGGAGACAAUGCCCCGAGAAUACCUGGAAUUCAAGUAUGACACAGACGCACGUACAGUCAUGGAAAACACCAUUAGACCGCCCUUGUUUCUUCACUUGAAUGCCUGAUACAACCAAAAGUAUCAGACAGGUGUGGACAGAUAUAACGAUGAUAACAUAAAUAAUUCAUAAGAGAAAAUAUCUAGCAACUUCCAUGCUUUUCUUCAUUUCCAAAAUCACUUCUAUUCUUACAGGAAGAACUAUAACAUUGUACUUCCAAAAAAGUAACUCCUCUAGCUGUUAUUGUUGUCAUGGUUAUUUACUAUACAGAGUGUACAAAAACACUAUUGACACUGCAAACUAGAAUUGCUUCAAUUUUCUAAAAACAUAAUUUUAGUGUUUUCAGCUAAGGGUGUCACGAUUGGGCUUCACCCCCUUGUGACAGCGUUAGUUUUCCUCUUUUCCUCUGUUCCUGGUUCAUGCCCUUAUUUUGUAUUUACUUCCUGUGUUGCUCUGUUCUGUUUUCCGUUGCUUUCCAUUAUCUCCCGCACCUGUUUCCCAUUUUCUGUGAUGUCUAUUUAGUUCAGGUGCGCGCUCCUUUCGUUGUUGGGUCAUUGUCGCUUUUUCUGUUGGACAUGCUAGUGCGUUGUGCUGCUGCAUUGCAUCUCCAAUGAAUACUUUUUUUUAACCUUCAAAUGGGUCCUGUUCUCUGCAUCCUGGGGUCGAACCGUAAAGCAAUCAAGCCCGAUCAUGACAGAAUGACCCAACCAGACGACGACCUUGGAGAAAUGGACUUCUGGAAGGUGAUGGAGGAGGAGUGUGCGCAAUUCACUCCAGAGGAGCUGGAGGACAUGGUAUGGGGCCCAGACGGCACACUGAUCCCAAUGGCGUGGGUGUACCCCGGACCCAACGCUGCCACACCAAGGCGCCGCCGACGCACGUCUCGGCCAGCUUCAGCGAGGCGUCAUGUAGUGAAGCCGUCUCCUUCCUCACCUCCAUGCGUAGCCCGGGUGCAACACCCGGCUCACGCUGCUUCCGAGUGCCGGCCUACGAACGAGCGCAAGAAGGCUCCCACUCCCCAUUAGCACGCCGAUCUCCUGCCGCCCUCUUCCGGAUCCCCGUUGCCUCCCGUGCAACACGAAGAGGAGUAGGGCACACGUUCCCCUCCUGUGCCCAAACCACGCAGCCCCAAAGGUUCCCAAAACCCGGCUCCCGUGCCAAGCUGCGUGAUGCCCCAGACUCCUCCAGUGCCCAAGCCACGCAGCUCCAAAGUACCACAAAUCCUGGCUCUCGUGCCAAGCUGCGUGGUGUCCCGGAUUCCCCCUGUGCCCAAGCCGCACAGCCCCAGGGGUUCCCAAGACCCAGCUCCCUUGCCAAGAACAGGUUAUUGAUAUCUGCUAAGAAACAACAUGGAGACCUCAGAUGACCACAGACUGGUUCGACCCAAGGAGGGCUUGUGUUCUUUGCUGCAGAUGGCAGGAGCCACCAAAUAUGUCUUCACCAUGAAGGAGGUGAUGUUCUACCUGGGUCAGUACAUUAUCCAGAAGCAGCUGUACGACCAGAAGCAGCAGCACAUCGUGCACUGCGGCCAUGACGCACUGGGCCGCAUGCUGGGUGUCGACAGCUUCUCUGUCAAAGAACCUCGGGUUUUGUUUGCCAUGCUCACCAAGAACCUGGUGGCUGUGCCCGUCCAAGAGUUAGAUGGACCCACCGGCAGCAGCCAGGUGGAGCAUUCAGAGGAAGCUGGAGGUCGCUCCUCAACACCAAGAAGGAGGCGGAGGAGGAGCCUCAGGAGCAGCAGCACAGGCCCCUCCCACAGAAUAGAGGAGGACAAGGAAGAGGAUGCAUCAGAGGAAGAUGAGGAGGACAAAGAAGGUCCAAAGAGGAGGAGGUCAGACAGCUUCUCCCUGACCUUUGAUGAAAGUCUAUCUUGGUGCGUGAUUGGUGGGCUCGGAGGUGGUGGGGACAGACACAGCAGCCAAUCAUCAGACUCUCACAGUGCAUCUGGGAGGUCAGAGGUCACGGCUCCCCCUGACCCCAAUUCCGACAGCGACAACUUCAGUGUGGAGUUCGAGGUGGAGUCCGUCGAGUCUGACGACUACUGCGAAGACGACGAGUCCUUGUCUGCAGACGACCAGGUGUACGAGGUCACCAUCUUUGAGGGGGAAGACGAUGACUCUUUUGAAGACACUGAGAUCACAGAAGCUGAUUACUGGCGCUGUGAUGAAUGUGAUGGGUUGAACCCGCCUCUCCCAAGAAACUGCCUUCGCUGCUGGACGCCGCGCCAGGAUUGGCUGCAGGACACUUCCUGCCCUAUAGUCCUGCCCCCAAAGCCAACGGACCAAUCAGCUGUGAGAGAUGCUGCAGGUUAUGAUGCCGAGGAUCAUGAAGGAGUUGAUGUUCCGGAUGGGAAGAGAGCAAAAAGUCCGGCUCUCCAGUCGCAGUGCCUCUCUGAGUCCCAGGCGUCCUCGUCCUCCUGCUGCUCCAGGCAGGAGAAGAUGCGGACAAGCGGGUCCCAACCGUCGUCCUCCGACUCUCAGGAGCCUCUCCCGUUACCCCUCAUCGAUCCUCCUCCCCUUCCUGUUGCUCCAGGUGAUGUCCCCGAGCUGGAACGCAGCAUGUCAGCCGAGUGGCGCCUACCAGACUCAUGCCUGGACCCGUGUGUCAUAUGUCAGUCCCGACCCAAAAACGGCUGCAUCGUCCACGGGAGGACGGGACACCUCAUGUCCUGCUACGUCUGCGCCCGGAAGCUGAAGAAGAGGAACAAGCUGUGUCCCGUCUGCAGGCUUCCCAUCCAGUCUGUGGUCCUCACCUACCUCAGCUGAGUCCCCCACCCCUCCAGUCGCCACCCUCAGUCCAUAUUGUUACAAGGACGCGCCAAAGCACUUCAUAUCUGUUCACGUUAAGUGCAGCCGGUAAAACUCGGAAGUUCAACUCCUGUUUAGAUGGUCAAGCCAAUAAAUAGUUUGCUUCAUAU